AUGUCCGGAUCUGACUCGUACACUAUCAAUCAUCCUCACCUAUCGCCCGCUGAAGCAAUAUUGACAGCCGAUAGAGAUCACUCGAACAGGAUUCGACAACCUAUCGAAGGGUUAGAGAAUUUAUCUUACGGAUUCAGCGUCAAUAGACCGAAAGAAAUCCUUCAGAAGGGGUCAGCUAGACAAUAUGGCCAACCGUUCGCUGCAUCUACGAAAGAUCUCAUAAAGUUCAUGUCUAUUUUACACAUCGACAACGUCAAGUUUAAGAAAGCAAAUGAUCUUGAUGAUAAAUAA